CAACCCACACAAGAAGCGUGUGAGUGGUUUACAGUUGACACACUCACCUCCUUCUCCCUUACGCUCCGUCAACCCAAAGCAACCCGCGAAACUUUUUCUCUUCUGUCUCCUCUUCACUACCCGACCCGACCCAGAUCCAGUUACCGACAUCCUCUCUUUUUAAACUUAGCUCUCUCUGUUCAUAACUCUUUGGCAUUGGCUCUGUUCAUGCUGGUUAGAUUUAUCAGCUGGUUGGAGUUACUGUUCAGUUAUCAAAUGUUUGAAUAUCUUUGAUUGAAUAGAUGUAGUUAAGAGAAGAAUUGAGUAACAUUUUGGAUAAAUAAGACUGCACCUGUAGAUAUCCCGUAAGACAAUGGAUCACAAAUCGUGGCCCUGGAAGAAAAAAUCCACAGAAAAGAACAUGGUUACUGAAGACAAAGCAAAUCUCUCUUUUAGAAGAAAUGACGAAGAGACACUAUCUAGUGAUAAAGCUGAUCUAGAAAGAGAGCUGAAGGUUGUGACUGACAAGCUUUCUUCUGCCCUGGUGGAAUGUCGUGGUAAAGAUGAUUUUGCACAGAAACAGAUGAAAAUUGCACAGGAAGCAAUUGCAGGCUGGGAGAAGACUGAAACUGAAGCAAGAUUGCUAAAGCAGGAGCUAGAAAAAGCUCUACAGCAGAGCAUAGCUGGUGAAGAGAGAUUAGUCAACUUGGAUGGAGCACUCAAGGAAUGUAUGCAGCAGUUGCGUUUCAUUCGAGAUGAGCAGGAGAAUAGGAUUCAUGAUGCAGUAUCAAACACAUCAAAAGAAUUUGAAAAAACAAGGGUUCUCUUAGAGAAGAAGUUAGCAGAUGCUGGGCAGAAGCUUUCACGAUUAGGUUCCGAAAACACUCAGCUUAGUAUGGCUCUCAUGGCAAAGGAGAAGGCAACAGGUCAUUUAAAAGGAGAAAUAGCUCGGGCAGAAGCAGAUUUCAGUGCCUUGAUGACGCGGCUGGAAUCUGUAGAAAAAGAUAAUGCUUCUUUGCGCUACGAGGUACGGGUUCUUGAGAAGGAGCUUGAGAUCAGGAAUGAGGAGAGAGAAUUUAAUCGCCGAACAGCUGAUGUUGCACACAAGCAACAUCUGGAGAGUGUGAAGAAAAUUGCACAACUGGACUCCGAAUGUCAAAGGCUACGCAUCCUUGUUAGAAAGAGGUUGCCAGGCCCUGCCGCCUUGGCCAAAAUGAAGAAUGAAGUUGAGAUGCUGGGGAAGGAUCAUGCUAAAAUGAGGAUAAGGAAGUCAAAUCCGUCUCCAAAUGGUUCAGUGGACUUAACUUCAGAGACGGCUCCUGAUACUCCAAACAGAAAUAUUAACUUCCUCUCUGAGCAAUUAUGCAUGCUGGAAGAGGAAAAUAGGACUCUGAAAGAAGCUCUUAACAAAAGAGCUAAUGAACUCAGACUUUCUAGGAUGACAUAUGCUCAAACAACUGCUGAACUAGAAAAAUAUCUCCCCUCUGCGCAGGAACUAUCUGUGAUAUCACGGUCUGAUAUGGGCAGUGAUGACAUAGGUGGCUGUUCCGAGUCUUGGGCUUCUGCACUAAUGUCAGAGCUGGAGCAUUUCAAAAAUGAGAAACAAAUUGGUCCACCUUCAUCUAUAAGUGUAGGAGCUUCAGACAUAAAUCUGAUGGAUGACUUUGCAGAGAUGGAAAAAUUAGCGGUCGAGUCUACAAUUAACCCUCUGGGAGCUGUUCAUCAUGCCUUACCGAGGGAAAACGGAAGUGGGGGUGCUUUGGAGUCUCAGUCUCAUUCAUCAGAAGCAGAAAGUACAGAGAGAGUUCCUGUGACAGAUCGUUAUGUUUCCAGCAAUGAUAAUCAGUCGAAAGCAAUAUUGACAGAUAAAGCUUCUGGUGGAGUUGAUAACAUACUGAAAAUGCUCUUGGAGCACGGACAUGUAACUGAAAGAAACCCAUACGAUAUACUGGAAGAUAUCAGAACUGCCCUGGCACAGAAGUUUCCCUCGAGUAAGAACCCUGCUGGAGCAGAUGAAAGUGCAAUAGGUACUGAUGUUACAUGUUCUCCCAACAAUGGUGACUGUAAGGAGAUAUAUACAGGAGCUGGUGAUAAUGUUUCAUCAGAAAGAAAGUGUGAACUAGGCAUGUUGUCAUUUAUGGGUACAUCGAUUAAUAAAGUUAUUGAUAUCAUAGAAGGAAUCAAUAUACCCUCGACAGAUGAUAGUAUUCCAGAAAUCUUAUCUCACAAUGGUAAUGGACUUCUACCAUAUGAAAGUGCAUCGAAGGAGACAGCCUACAUGGUUCGUGUUUUCCAGUGGAAAUCUUCAGAACUUUCUGUUAUUCUUCAAGAAUUUGUCCAAACAUGCCGUGAUUUAUUGAAUGGGAAGGUUCAUAUUGAGAAGUUCACUGAAAAAUUAACUCGGACCCUGGAAUGGAUUGUUAACCACUGUUUUUCCCUUCAAGAUGUUUCAAGCAUGAGGGAUACCAUAAAAAACCACUUUGACUGGGAAAUGGAAACUGGGGUGAUUAAUCCUAUCUUUGAAUUUGAUAAACUUCAGACUGAAAGAGGAAAUCCAUUAUACUCUCCUGUUUUUACCUCACUCGCUCGGAUGAGUUCUGUGCCAGAGAAAGAAGUUCUAACAUCUGUGGAUAAUGAAAGUCAACUACCAAAAGAUGAGUUUCCUGAAGAGGGAACUACAAAGGUGGAUUUGGAAGGGAAAUUGGAAGCAGAAACUCUCCGGAGCGAUUCCUUGAUGGUUCAACUUCAGGAAUCAGAGAAAACAAUAAAAAGCCUGCAAAAAGAAGUAGAAAAUCUCAGACAGUCAAAGGGGAUGAUUGAGGAUCAAAUUGAGAAAGAAAAAAUGGCGAAAGAAGACCUUGAGAUGCAAUUUGAAGCAGCUAAACUGGAACUGAAUGAAGCUUGUCGAAAGGCUUGUUGUUUAGAGAAGGAACUCGAGGACCAAAGUAAUUCCUAUAAGAAGCUCGAUUCUACAUGCCAUAUGCUUCACUUUCAGCAAGAAAGCAUCAAAAAAAUGGAGUUAUCAGGGAAUGCUAAGGUGGACCCUGAAGAAAAGCUUCAAAACGAUUGGGAGAUCACUGCAGCUUCAGAAAAGUUGGCUGAGUGUCAAGAGACCAUUCUAAACCUAGGGAAGCAGUUGAAGGCAUUGGCCUCGCCUGGGGAUGCAGUUCUCUUUGAUAAGGUGAUAUCUACAACUUCAGAAACAACUAGUGAUACCAUGACAACCCCAAAGAAAAGUUUUGGACGCCGUUCAUCUCUUCUUGACAAGAUGCUGGCUGAGGAUGAAAUGGGAUCUCAUACUACCAAGGAAGUCAUUCCGGAUGCCAAGAGAAAUACUUUCUCAAGUGUUGACGGAUCAGUGAAACAACCAGAAAAGUCUCCAUUGACAAAUGGUAGUGUGCUUUCAGGAUAUGAAGCUGCUACUGGCUCCCUGCCUAUCAUACCUAGCAAGAAAAGAAGUGUUCUUGGAUUGUGGAGGAAGUUGUUGCGAAAUGGUAAGAAAAAUAGUAACAAAACGAAACUUAAGGUGUGACCUGCAUGGACGCCAUUCGAAGCUGCAAGGCUUCUUGUUUCUGGUGAUGUUUAUUGUAUGUGGUAUUGUAUAUGAAACUAGAACCACUCCUUAACCUCAAUGAUAUAGUGUUCCGAUUGCAAAAAAAAAAUAAAAAAAUGAUACAAGCGAUGAAACUUCUUGAGUCUUGGUGGAUGAACCAUGUUUGGCGUGCUUCCCAGUACGCUUUUUGUUACUUGAAGAAAAGAACAACAGAAAUAUCUCAAAAACUAAUUGAUUAUA